AUGUCUGGCAUGAUUGAUGCCAAGCUCUUUGAGCAGCUCAAGGCCAAGAUCGACGAGGACAUCCAGGUCCGUGACGACCUCAGCCAGGUCGUCCAGAAGCUUGAGCGGGAUGUUUCCUAUGCCCAGGGCAUCCUCUCACGAGUCCACUCUACUCCCCGAAGCUCAUAUGCAUCGUUCCUUCCCCAGGUCGAGGCUGCCAUCAGGGAGGAGAUUCAGACUGUAGGCAGCCUGGCCGAGCUCGCAUCCAAGCACCCUUACUACAAAUACAACAGCCGUUGGACGAGAAGUCUCCAGGAUGCCAUUGUCACCGUGGUCAUCUGUGGCUGGCUUGGCGGCAUGAGCUCAGAGUCGAGACCCGGCGAGCUGGGCCGGCUUCUCACCAUCGAGGAGGUCGGCGAGAUCUUCCAACAGCCGGUCAAUCUGAAAGACCGCGAUGCCUUUCACAUCACCAUUGAGGAGUACCUCUCAGCCCUGACCAGCGUCACGGACGAACUGAGCCGCCUGGCUGUCAACUCGGUCACCCUAGGUGACAACGAGCUGGCCGUCAAGAUCAGCUCCUUGAUCAAGGAUCUGCACGCCGGCUUUCAGCUGCUCAACCUCAAGAACGACUUCUUGAGGAAGAAGGUCGACGGUGUCAAAUAUUCCGUCAAGAAGGUGGAGGAUGUGGUCUACGAUCUGUCUCUGAGGAAUCUGAUCCCGAAAUAG